AUGCCACUGGACAAGUCAGAAAAUAUUGUUAGUGCGCAUACUAAAGAAAACGCUGCUGAAACUUCGCAAAGACGUGGUAGUUUGACUUCAAAUACCGAAAACAGUGCUAAUGAGAGCUAUAGAAAUCUUGAAAUCAGACCAAAUGAAACAGCUUCAGUAACUGGAACUGAUGACAAAUCUUUACAAGAAGUUAAAACAAGUAAAAAUGAUCAAAAGAAUGAACAACUGAAUCGUAUGAUAGAUGUUGUUGUAGCAUACAGUAGAGUGAGCACUGAAACUAAAGAACGUUUAAGAAAUGCUGUAACAGAUGUCUAUUGUAAAUUAAUGUCUGAAGAGGAAGCUUGUAGGCACUACCAACUUGCUGUUUCAUAUUUUCGAACAUAUUACACUAUGGUUGAAAAGUUGUUGAAUCGCAUUAACAUAAUUAAAGAAGAUCCAGAAAAAACAAGUGGUCGGAAGACCACUUCUAUAAGAAACGAAUCUGGAAUUAAAAAAUUAAAGAACGAAGAGACAGAGAACUCCUAUCAAGCAGGCAGUGGUGAUACAAAUACUGAUAAGAAGCAUGAUCAAAAAAAAAGAAAUAACGGAUGGAGUGAUCUGACACAUAGUAUAUCCAAGAUAGAUAAAAUGAGUGUUGAAAAAUGCAUUGAUGACAUCUGUGGUUCGGUCCGACAUUUGACAAAAAAGCGUGCUAUUGAAAGUGCGGUCAAGAUGGUACUGUUUGAUGGUUAUUCGGGAACCGAAGCAGCAAGAAUUAAUUGCUUAACUCCUCGGACAGUAAUCAGAAAUGUUUAUGCUGUGCACGACGCUUUGAACUUGUCUGUACUUCAGCGAUCAAAGCAACAAACAACUCAGAAAGAUAAAAAAAUUUCAACGUGCAAUACGGAUUUGGAGACAGCACAGUUGUUAUUAGACGAAAAAUUUGGUCAUAUUGGAGUUGAUGAUUUUACUGGAUCUGUCUCAAAUUUAAAAUCAAAAAUCGAUAAAUUGCUUCAAGAAUUCAAAUGCAGUUGUGAUGUUCGUGAAGUUCGUGCAUCGCUUGUGAAAUUGUUUAUGAAUCAGAAGGAUUUUUCGGAAACAGAAGGAAAUAUGGAGCAGUGCCUGGCAAUUGUCAAUUCUUAUGCUCGUUUGCUCAAAGGGUUCUUUUUAAUAGAAAGCAUGAUCAAGAUCAGCGGACAAGAUUCGUUUUGUCGAUCUGGUAAUAAAAAAAGAAAGAUGAAUGAUGGUGAGAAGAAUGAAGGAUGCUCCAAAUUCUCUACAUCCGAUGAAACUACUCCUGCCAAAAAGAACCGAGAGUCUGGUAAUGUUUUGGAUCCUCGAGGAAUGUUUGUUGGUAUGACUGAUGUACUGGCUCUGCAUCUAGAAAAUGGUUUUAAAGAUGAAGAAAAACUCAUAAAAAGUGUCAUUUCCUAUCUUAUUGGUCAUCAGUAUCGUCGUUCUUAUGAAGCACAAACAAAUAUGCAAAUUUGUUUGGAAUACGUUCUUCUAGAUGGAUUGUCUGUUGCAGAAACAUUGGAAAUUCAUGACGGACCUAGCGAAAAUAUAUUGGAAAUAUAUCAAAAACGGUGUCGUGAUGCACUUACUGCUUUGACAGUGGAUUUUCCCGCAUUCGUCGCUACUCUGAACACACUUAAUGAGAAAGAAAAAAAUGUUGUUCGAAAGAAGCGAUCGCGAUUGUUGGAUGCUAAAUUUGAAGAGACGAAGAAUGUAAAGGCAGAAUGUAUCGAAGUGUUCGAGUGUCGUACCGUUGAAGAUUUAUUAAUUCAUGUACCAGAGAAAGUGAAGAUGACCUUACACCUUUACAUAAUAAAACUCUUAGAUAUCAAUUUUCCUCUUGAAACACGUCUGGUUAGUGGUCUGCUGAAAAUGAUUGCUGAUAAGAUGAAAGCGGAAUUUGUAUUACCUGGUAAUGUACUUGAAGAUUUCGUUGCAUAUUUCCGUAACAAGCAUAGCAGAUCACGCCUUAAAGAAGUAUAG